AUUGAGGAUUGUUCCACAUGAGUUAGUGUAGAAUGAUGGGUUGGAAGGGGGUUCUAAGUCCAAAAACGGACCUAGGAGCCAAACCGACAAGUUCACCGAAAAAUAACCUUUUAGAGGUUAUUCGUAUUGAUUAAGGUUUUAUGAUGUUAAAACCUUGUUAGGAACUUGAUUAAAGUACUUUGGAGCUUCGCCGGAGUUUCGCCGGAGUUGGUCAAAGUUGGCCGGAGUUGGUCAAAGUUCACCGGAAAUAGUCAAAGUUCAACCGCGGAGCGUAGAACACGCUUAAGCUCACUUAAGUUUCAGGUAGAACUUGAAGGGUGCUACCAUCACCGUUACUUCGGGCGGAUUAUCAAGGAGAGGAGACGUGGUUCGUGCUUCCUCCGUUUCUGUUUUAAAACAUUCAAAUUAAUGCUCAUGGAUACUAUUUUCCGAAUAAUUAUUUAGGGCUUGCACGCCCGUGUUUGCCACGUGUGGCUCGAAUGCUUGUAUUAAUAUUUCCGCUGCUUAAUUAAAUGAUUUACAUUGUGAUUGUUUAUGGAUGUACUAAUGUGAAUGGUAUUCAAGACGCCUUGUAUAGUAUGGAUGAGUUGGACUGCGGUUGACUAUUCGUACUGUACGGCGGGUUGUUGACGUGUCCGGGAAGGUCCGGGGCGUGACAAUUUAAUUGGUAUCAGAGCCUUAGUCCGUAAACUUCAUAAUGAAGCUUCAAAAUCCCUUUUGAAAAUGAUUUUGAAAACCAUGAGCAUAAAAGUUUUGCACUUAUAGAACUUUUGGUACUUGAGUUGCAAAGUCUCUAAUUGUUAAGAUGGUACCCUUAACAAUUGGUAUGACGGUGAUUUGAGCCAAAGGAUGUCUUUAAGUGCCUAUCCGUCACUUGACUUUUGAUACGGGUCUAAUGACUCAUUCUCUAUCUCUUUCAGAAAUGGAACGCACCGGUAAAGUCACCCGACGAAACCCGACUGGCCAGGCGCCGGGAAGGUCCCAACAUGGCAGUCGAGGGGCAUCAAGGGUGUCUCGAGGGCAGGGCCGUGCAGGCCACUCGCUGACCGUUAGUGACGGUCAUGUUGAAACAAUUGACGAGCAUUAUGAGUCCGAGGAGGAUUCAACGUACCGACCGGGAACGGAGCCGGUUGAAACCCCAUAUGAGGGGGAAGAUGAUGACAUUAGUGAGGGGAGCGACGAUAAUGACGCCCUCGAGCGGAUUGAGGAAUUGCUUCGGCAAUACCAACAAGAUCGCCAAAGGCGCCGGGCAAGGCGUGCUUCGGGAGGGGCUUCGAGAAGAGGGAGCCGUGUUAGCUCUAGGGAACAUGAGGAGUCCCGAGGAGGAAGAGGUACCGAGGUUCCCAUCAUAAGAAUCUCGAAAUACCUCAAAGAGGCGAGAGAGUUGGGAUGCAAACCAUUCGAUGGAAUGGGAGACAUCUCCGUGGCAGCCGAAUGGAUCAAAAGAUUCAAUGAAGCGGCCCUUGAUAUGCAGCUGCCACCCCAUAUGAAGAUGAGAGUGGCAACAAGAUUGCUAGAAGGAAUGGCGUCCACAUGGUGGGACGGUGUCAAGGGGAAGUAUGGUGAGGCGGUCACUUGGGAGAACUUCAGGCAAGAAUUCUUUAGCCAAUACUACUCCGACUUCGAGGUGAACUUGAAGAGGAGGGAGUAUACGAAUUUGACCCAAGGAGGGGAAUGCACGGUGAAGGAACUUGAGCACAAAUUCAGAAAGCUUGCCGAGUUCAUACCGGAGUACAUUUGUGAUGAAAAUCGGAUGGUGAACCAUUUCUGGGAUGCCUUGGACCUUGACAUACGUGAGAGGGCAACACAAUUGCCUAAUAUGACAUUUAGUCAAGUCGUGGAACAAGGGUUGAAAGGAGAGAAGGAGUGGGAAGAGAGGAAGCGAAGAAAUGCCGAGGAGGCAAAGAAAAGAAAAUGGGAGAACCAUGGCCCCCAGGGUUCAAACAAGAAGGGGAAUCACGGGGGAGGAGGAUCCUUCAGGGCACCCGCACCACCAUCAAGGGGGAAUCCCAACAUGAGUGGGCAGAACUCGGGAUCACAAGCCCCGACGAAGCCUAAGUGCAGGAAUUGCAAGAGAAAUCACGAGGGCAAAUGUCGUGAUCCCCCACGGUGCUACCAAUGCGGAGAUACGGGGCACAUAAAGCCCAAUUGCCCUCAACUCGGUGGGAACCGGUCAUCAGGGCCAAGCAGUGCAACCAUGGUGAGUAGAAACCGGGGUGGGGCACCCAAUGCAAGCACUAACCACGGCGGGGCAAGUACAAGCAACGCACCCUCCGUGAACCAAGGAAGGGCUCAAGCGAGAGUGUACGCAAUGACCGAGGCCGAUGCUCGGGCUAAUCCCGACUCCGUCGCAGUUUCAGGUAGAACUUGAAGGGUGCUACCAUCACCGUUACUUCGGGCGGAUUAUCAAGGAGAGGAGACGUGGUUCGUGCUUCCUCCGUUUCUGUUUUAAAACAUUCAAAUUAAUGCUCAUGGAUACUAUUUUCCGAAUAAUUAUUUAGGGCUUGCACGCCCGUGUUUGCCACGUGUGGCUCGAAUGCUUGUAUUAAUAUUUCCGCUGCUUAAUUAAAUGAUUUACAUUGUGAUUGUUUAUGGAUGUACUAAUGUG